AUGACCGAAAAGACGCAAACGCUUGCCAUUGACGGGCAUGAGCACGCCUCCUUCACACCCACCAAGGUCCUCUUCAUCAACUCCUCAAGCGGAGACUUCUCCGACGAGCUCCAAGUCCUCGACCUAACAUCCCACACGGUGCGCUUCCCAGCCGACUCUACGCACUGCGCCCACGAUGUCGAGCUGCGGCCCGUGAGCGUGUGGGCGAAGCAGGAGACGUUCGUCAAGGACUCGGUGCCGUAUCUGUGGGACAUGUCCAUGGGCCGCAAGUCCGGGGUGCUGUACAAGACGGUGGGGCUCGAUGAGAAGCAGCGCGUGCCGGUGGCCAAGUUCGUCGCCAAGAAUUGGUUCAAGAACUGUUGCGUUCUGUUACUUGAUGAGGGCCGGCUGGAUGCUGUUGUCACGCUGGCAACUUGCGUGGCGGUAUUGAACAGGGAUAUUUAG